AUGGAUAAUUUCAACCAAGCGCUACGAAUUAAUUACUUGGAAGAACAAUUACUACGUUUCAAUCAAGGUCUUGGAUUUGGAAGUGAAGAUUUAGAGUCUGAAAUGAUUCAAUUACGAUUACUAUUAGAUGAACGAGAGCGUGAUUUACAACAACGUAAUUUUAGUAUGAUACGAGCAACGGAAGCGAUGGAUUUACUAUCAAAUCGACUACAAGAGGCGCAAGAUCAAGUGAAACACGCACAGGGUCAAGUGCAAGCUCAGCGACAACAAUUUCGUCACGAACAGCGUGAUUUGGAAGCGAAAUUGACGGAGAAAUGGCAAUCUCAAGUGGAAGAUGCACGCAAGAGAGAGGCAGAAAGUCAAGACACGAUGCAGAUGCUACAGGAACAAUUGGAACGACAGGAGCAAGUUGUACAGACUUUCAUGACGCAGUUAGAAGAGAUGAAGGAUGCAAAACGACGACAAGAGAGCGAGAUGACACAAUGUCAGCGUCAGAGAGAACAGGAGGCUCAAGAAAAGAUGGAAAUGAUUCGGACCGAACUUGAAGCAGAGAUAAAGCAUUGGAAAGCUAUGGAACUUGAGGCCAUGGAGCAUAAGCUUCAGGCUAGCGAGAAGAGGUUUUCAAGUGAGGCUGCGAACGCACAGGAACAGUGCCAUCGUCUUUCUGUGUGUCAAGUAGACCUGGAAAGGCAAUCUGCUCAAUUGCAAGAAUAUCAGAAACAGCUUGCCGGUUGUGAAACUGAAUUGGCUCGACGAGCAAGGCGUAUGCAAGAUCUUGAGCGUCAGCUGGCAGAAGCAGAAGGAGUAGCACGAGAGCAGCUGAGAGAAUGGCAAGAUCAGUUUGUUGCGGAGAAGAGUAAACUAUUACGACAACUGAGCGAUGAACGCCGACGGGCAAAUGAGGUGGAGCGAGCGGCAACUACGUUGAAGAAUGAGAACACAUCAGCACAGCAAGAGCUUAAGACAGUGGAGAUGGAGCUUCGCUCGCUCUUGUCGGGUUGCACUCCUGUCUAUAGCGAUCGCCGGCAUCAAACAUUGUCAAAGCAAGCUGGACGCCUUGCAAUGUCACGAGAAGGAUGCGAAGCAGUCUGCUGA